AUGACAAAAGAUAUAUGGGAUUCCAUGUGUAGAAAAUAUCAAGGCUUUAUGAAGGUGAAUAAGGCUCAGUUGCAGACUCUACGUCGUGAAUUUGAGGUCAUAUGCAUGAAGAACAAUGAAACGGUUGAUGAAUACUUCACAAGAACCUUGGUUGUUGCUAACAAGAUGACUGCUCAAGGUGAAAAUUUGGAGCAAACCGCAAUUGUUGAGAAAGUUUUGAGAUCAAUGACCAUGAAAUUUAACUAUGUGGUGUGCUCUAUAAAGGAAUCGAAUGAUGUUACAACCCUCUUUGUUGAUGAACUUCAGAGUAGCCUCUUUGUUCAUGAACAGAGAAUGAAGAUCAAUCAAGAAAAGGAAGAGGAACAAGCUCUCAAGAUUGCAAACUAUGGUUUAGGCAGCAACGCUAGUAGAGGAAGAGGGUGUGGUGGCUAUCGUGAACGUGCAAAGGAAGACUCAGCAGAUAUCAUAUUCAAUGUUACAAAUGUCACAAGAUAG